GCGUCAACUUUUCUUGUCAACGCAACAACUCGCGCGCUUUAACAUCACCAUCAACAACCCGCUUGCUUGCUUGCUUGCUUGCUUGCUUGCUUGCGCGCCCAUCACCAAAAACUCGCAACAACUUGCGCGCCCAUCACGAAGAACCCGCGGCGACUUGCGCGCCCAUCAAGAAGAACUUGCUUGCUUGCACCCAUCAUCAAUAGCUCGCGACUACUCGCGACAACUUGCGCGCCCAUCACCAAGAACUCACGACGACUUGCACGCCCCAUCACGAAGAACCCGCGGCGACUUGCGCGCCAUCCAUCAUCAACAUGUCCACAGAGAACGUCGAGAUGGACAACCGUUCAAGAAUCUUCUGCGACCUGUUCAUGAAGGCCAACGACUACUUUGAUAACAAUGAGUUCGAAGAGAGCCGCCGUAUCUUCUCACUACUCCUCGACUACGCUGAUCUCAGCGACUACCACAGGGCUGGUUGCCACCGCAUCCUUUCCUUGGGCGAGGACAACUUCCUGUGGCAUGCUGAGAGAGCCGUCGAUCUCUAUGAGAACCUCUUCGUCGUUCGCCCCGGAAGCUCUUACACUGGCGAAUUCCCGCCUACCGAGAAGGCCAUCAGAGCCCAGAACAUCCUACUCGGCCUGGCUAAGGAGAGUCUCGAGUCAGCCCGCAAGGACACCGCCGAGAUUAAAGCAGACUACGAGGCUCAGCAUCGCGCUUUCCUGACCAACCAUGGUCGUAAACCUACCGAUGAGGAGUUGGUUCUGGCACACCAUAGACGCUACAACCAGCACCAGCUGGAUUUCAACGCGGAAUUCGAGGAGAAGUACCAAGAAUGUCUGCAAGCUGGCAACGAAGAGGAGGGUGACGAUGAGGAUGAUGAGGACAAGGAUGAUGACGACGAGGGCGAUGACGACAAGGGCGAUUCUAAGGAGCCAAAGGAUAAGGCGGAAAGCCACGACUCUGAUUCAGAUGUCGGCGAACGUCUUCUCGACCUUCCAUACGACUCGCCCACGCCUGAUGCUUCGUCUCAGCCCAAACCAUCUUCUGCAGCCAAUUUGCCCAAGGCGAAGCAACAUCCAGCGUGAGCUAAUCGCCUGGGAAUCGGAGGCUGGCGAUGCUUGAGCACGCAACCUCU